AUUUGGAUGGAUAAGCAAAUGCCCAAAUGUAUUAAGUCGAGUGAUGCAAGGUGUGUGAUUUUGUAACAACAUCUAAAGUUGACUAAAUGUACAGCAGGAAAAAGAUAUUUAAGCUAAAUAAUUUUUAAAAUGAGUGACAAUGAAGAAGGAAAACAGACUGAAAAACAAAACCAUGAUGAUGACAUACAACUCCCAACGAAAGAAGAGAACCAACUAGGUGCGGAAGACAAAGCACCAGUACCCGAAGAUGACCCUUCCCACCUUGAAGACAAAACACAAGCAGUUGAAGAUGACACAUCAGGAGACAAUUCAACAGAAACUCAAACAAGCCCACAAGAAGGAAAAACAAAAGUUGAUGAAUUGGUUGAGAAUGAUAUUAAUGGCGCUAUCAAGGAGAUACCAGAUGAUGAUAUUAAUGAGUGUGAUGAUUCCGGUGUAGGUGAAACCGCCAUUUAUCCAAUCACGGAUGAAAGUAAUGGGAAUGUUGUAGAAAUGAAGGAUGUUGAUAAGGCACUAAUGGAGGAUACACACGAAAAAGUUGAAGAUGAAGAGGAAGAAAGCCCAAAAGUAGAGAUCAGGAGAGUUGGUGUUUUUGAAGUGUUUCGCUAUGCAAAUUCCUUUGAUAUCUUUCUCCUGGUCAUCGGUACCACUGCUGCCAUACUUCACGGUCUAGCUUUCCCAUCUAUUCUUUUCUUCUUUGGAGAGAUCAUCGACUCGUUUGUUGACUUUGGAUCAGUGCAAAAUUCUGAUGAAACCAAUGCGACAGUAAUGGAAAAAGAAAUUGAUGAAGCCAAGGUUAAGUUUGCUGAUGAGGUCCUAGACUUUGUUGUGUACUAUUGUAUCAUAGGUGUUGUUGUUCUUUUCGUUGGAUUCUUCCAAGUAAGUAAAUACCUCUAA